AUGGAGAAUGCUAUAGGUUCAAUGGCUGCUUCUAGAGCCAUUAUGCAAUAUUCACAUUUGGCUAAGGAAGUUGGGGAGGCAGUAGAGGUCUUUGCGGAGGAUGUGGUGAUGGAGCUAAGGGAAUCAGAAUUACAGAGUGAUGAUCAUGCUACAGUGGUGACAGAGGUGCUGAAGUUGGAAAACGUAACCCAACCGCAGACUAAAAGUUCAGAGGAUAUAGAAGUCCCUUCUUUAUCUGAGACACUUUCGGAUGGGGAGGAGGAAAAUCUAUUGAGGAGUUUGAGAAAGGAUAAAGGCUACAGUUCCAACAUAGAUGUGAAUUUUUCUUUGGCUAAGACUAACAAACAAGCGACUAAGGUUAGGCUUCAGCUUUGGGAAAAUAGGGAGGAGACUAGACUAGCACAAAAGGCAAAGAAGAAAUGGCUUGCAGAAGGUGACCAAAAUUCAAAAAAAUUUCAUGCAGUUGUUAAUCAAAAGAGAAGGUCUUCCCAUAUCUCUUCCAUGCGUUUGACUGAUAAGACAGUAUUAGCUUCCCCAGAAAAGGUUCAUGAUGGUGCUGUUAAUUAUUUUGAACAUAUUUUGCGUGAUAAUGGGACAAGUGAGCACGGUGAUUUGGCUUCCCUUAAUUUCUGCAGUUGUAUCAGUGGAGGACAAUGA